UACGGUUCACCUUUGGGUCGCAGGAUAGGGUGCAUUCAACAUCUCCGAUUCGGCGAGGCGUAAAUAAAUUUUUUAAACUGAAUCUAAAUUUCGCAUCAAAAUAUGGAAGAUAAAGGUGGAAAUACAUAUAAAAUGAACGAAGAAGAGACGAAGUGGCAAAGUUUCAAAAAAGUAAUUUGGAAUUCCGAAACGAAAGAAUGUUUUGGGCGAACAGGGCUAAGUUGGUUCAAGAUAACAAUAUUCUAUAUCAUAUUUUAUGCUUGUCUGGCUGCAUUUUGGACUUGCAUGUUAGUAGUGUUCUAUCAGACAUUAGAAAAUGAUCAACCUAAAUGGAAAUUAGACAGCAGUAGGAUAGGUUCUAGUCCUGGUCUUGGUUUUCGACCUUCUCCUCCUGACGAAAAUAUAGAUAGCACCCUCAUCUGGUUCAAUGCGACCCGUAAUGAAACUGUCAAGUAUUGGGUUGACAAUUUAAAUGACUAUUUGAGUUUGUAUAAAACACAUGAUACUGGAAAUCUAGUUCAGACCUGCAGGGACGGACAAAUGGCUUCCAGUGAAAAAGUAUGUCAUGUUCCAAUUUUAACUGGUAAAGAACAAAGUUGUUCACCUGAAAGGCAGUUUGGAUAUCCUGAAGGAAAACCAUGUGUUCUCAUCAAAUUAAAUAGGAUUUAUGAUUGGGUACCUGAAUCAUAUAAUGAAGCACCACCAAAAUUGGCUGAACAUUUAAAAAAAGAAUUUAAGAAGGAUUUGGUAUACAUUACAUGUGUUGGUGAAAACUCUGCUGAUAAGGACAACAUUGGGGAUGUAGAAUAUUAUCCAGCUCAAGGCAUAGAAUUCAAGUAUUUCCCAUUUUUAAACCAAAAAGGUUAUAUGUCACCAUUUGUGUUCGUUCAAUUUGCCAAUAUCAAUCGUGGUGUGCUGGUAAAUAUUGAAUGUCGCGCUUGGGCCAAAAACAUUGUGUAUGAUAGAGGAGACAGAUUAGGAAGUGUGCAUUUUGAACUGUUAGUUGAUUAAAGUGGUAAGACUUUAAAAUAUAUAAAAUUAAAAUCUGUCAUUCUCUCUGUCAGUUUUUUGCAUUUUUCAUUUAGUAUUUUUUGUUUAUAGAUUGUUAUGGGUUAACUGUGCUCUGCUACACCUUUUUGAAUGUGUGCCAUUACCAUCUGGAAACACGAAAUAUAUGCACAAAAGCUAUAUAUAUUCAAUUAUUAAUAUAGUGUGGUAUAUGUGUAUAAAAAAGACUAUGCAUAUUAUAAGGUGUUGAACUUUUAUAGAUGAGGUAUUUAUAUAAACAUCAUGUUGCCAAAUAUUCUCGAUGCUUUAUGGCAGUUUGUCAGUUUGUGAUCUUGAUUAUUAGAUACAAUUAAUUGGUUUUCUAGAGAUUAAAUUAUAUAAAAUAUUAUAUUUGGUACUGGUGCUUUGAUAGAUUAGCCUUUUAUGUAAUUAGUGCAAUAGAUUCCCUCAUCUGUAUGGUCUUCUUUCUUCAAAACAGUGGUCAGCUUGUUGAAUUGUGCUUUGUAAAGCAAGAAAUGGACUUAGGGCAUUUAUCAUAGUUAGUAAACUGAAUUUGUUGUAAGUCCUAAUUCAGUUAUUAAAAUAUUAGCUACACAUACUUUUAUCACAUGUGCAUUUUUAAACUGCUGUAAUGCCUGCAUUUUUUAAAUCUUACUCUGGAAUGCUUCUUAUAUAGAUAAGCUAACUUUAUUCUCCCUUCUGUUGACUUUGUAGUUUGCAUUUUCUCUCUUUGUUGUUGGAUCUGUUCAUUUUUUGCAUGAAAAUUGUAUUAUAGUGCUUGUCCCGUUUUGUUGCAUCAAGACAUAUCAUUAAUUAUAGGUUGUUUAAAGUAUAAUUUAAAUUUUAGAUGUAUAUAAAAGUGUUUAAGCCAUGUUUCAUAUUUUAAUGAUGUUUGUUGAAAUAAGUUUUAUGAGGGAUCAACUAAAUUAGCUUCAUAUUUUUUAGAAUUCAGUGACUGUUUUCCUGCUUAAAUAGUACUUAGCAACUUUCUUGCAGUGUGGUUUUAUGGUUUCAAAAUUUCUGUAAAUGGGGCUUUUUUGUUUUUAUGAACAAGUGUUACAUGAAUUAAUGAAAUUAAUUUUUAUAGUGCUGAGCAAUUAAAAUAUAAAUUAAAUAUGUAUUCACAUAAAAGAACAAAUUAAAAAUUUUAGUGAUUUGAGGGUGCUUUGUAUCUAUGUUCCUCCAAUUGUUGGCAGCUCAUUUGUUUUUCAUAUCCACAUGUUUGGAGAAGUGUUUUGGGUGCAUUUUUUUAAGUACAGCUACUGUUUCGUUUAGCAUUUGAAUAACAUUUCUUUUAAAGUGAUCUCUGUCAUUUAUUUUCAUUCCCUUUUCUGAAAAAUCUUCUACCUAAAGCAAUAGAUGUCACUUGAGACUUUUUGUAAUUUUUAAAAAUGUUUGUAACUAUAGUGUCUGGCUUUCUUUUCUUUUUUUGUGAUAAAAAUGUUUAGCACAGUUCAUUAUUUUAAAUAUUUAAUAUAAACUUAUUAAAAAAUUAAAAAUGAAAUAAGUUUAUUUUUUAUACUGCAAGUUUAAUAUUUUGGCAUUCUUUACAAAAUAAACUUUGAAGAGUUUUAAUACCAGAAACAUUAAACCUUCUGAAUAAAUUUAUAGACAUUUUAUUAUUCUUUGUUUCUGUGUUGCACUUCAUCUUUACAGAUUUUCAGCAUGAGAAUAAUGCAAAAAAUUGUAUCAGUUUUAAUAUGUCAGUAAUGUUUUUUUUAUUGCCUUAAGUUAUGUGCUGUCUUAAGUCCUAUCACAAACAUAUUUCUGUAUAUAAUGAUGAAGACAGAUCUUCUAGCAUUCUUGAUCCAUUAGAUCAUGUAUGCUAGAAAAAUUCUGAUAAAAAAACUGGAGUUUAAAAAAAAAGAAUGCACAAUUGUAACUCAGACAUCUCUUCUCAUUUUAUUGUUUAUUAUAUGUACUGAAUUGUUGCAAAUGUUGUGUAUGUAUUUAGGAAGGAAAUAAAACUGACUUUAAAGAAUA